GUGCUUUAAAGGUUUAAAUAUCGGAACAAACAGUCGACGUUGUAGAUUUUUUACAUAAACGACGCCAAAUUUACCAUUCGUCAGGAAAUCUUGAAUGACAAAGUGUCCAAACACAGAGGAAAACUCCUGCUGAAGCGACUGAUCUCCACACUGUUAUAAAGAUGGUGUUUAUUAAAGAGGAGAGUGAAGACCUGAAGAUUGAAGACACAUUCACAGUCAAACAGGAAGAUCCCGAACAAACAGAGCUGAUGGUGCUGAAAGAAGAGACUGAAGAACUGAAUGGAAUCGAAGAGAAAGAGCCGAUGGUGCUGAAAGAAGAGACUCAAGAAUUUAAUGAAAUGGAAGAGAAAGAUCAGUUUGAGAAAAACCAAGACUUAAUGACUGCUGAAAUGUCCACCAUGACAAAAAAGACUUCACCUCGGAAAAGAGACCAGGAAAUCAAACCUGUUGGUAACUUCACCUGCAGUCAAUGUGGAAAAAGUUUUACUCAAAAAUACAAGCUUAGAGUUCACAUUCGAGUUCACACUGGAGAGAAGCCUUACUCGUGUGAACAGUGUGGAAAGAGAUUCAUUGAAAAAUCAAAACUUGCAUCCCACAUGAGCACUCAUACCGAUGUCAGGCCUCACUCAUGUCCCGAGUGCGGAAAAGGUUUCAAACAAAAGCAAAAUCUUGCAAUUCACAUGAGAACUCACACUGGAGAGAAGCCUUUCUCAUGUGAUCAGUGUGACAUGAGUUUCAGUCAAGCACAUUACCUUAAAGCUCACAUGAACGUUCACUCCAACGAGAAACCUUACGCCUGCCAACAGUGUGGAAAGAGAUUCAGGCAAAUUAAAAUCCUCCGAAAUCACAUCAAACUUCACACUGGAGAGAAGCCUUGUGCCUGCCCUCAGUGUGGAAUGAGAUUCAUUCAUAAACAAAGGAUUGAAACGCACAUGAAGGUUCACAAUAAAGCCAUAGAGGCGAUAAAGCCUUUCCUUUGCCAGCAAUGUGGAAAAGGUUUUGUUCAAAAGGGUACCCUUAAAAUCCACAUGAGAGUUCACACUGGAGAGAAACCUUACACUUGCUCACAAUGCGGGAAGAGUUUUACACAGAAAAGCAACCUUAAAUACCACAUGGUAACUCACACUGGAGAGAAACCUUUCCCUUGCCAACAGUGCGGAAAUAGUUUCAGUCAAAAGAAAUGCCUUGAAAUCCACCUGAGACUUCACAAUGGAGAGAAACCUUACACUUGCUCUCAAUGUGGAAAGAGUUUUACUCAGAAAGGCAACCUUAAUUCUCACAUGAGGACUCACGCUGAAAAGAAACCUUUCCUCUGCCAACAGUGUGGAAAGGGUUUCAGUCAAAAGAAAUGCCUUGAAAUCCACAUGAGAGUUCACACUGGAGAGAGACCGUACAUUUGCUGUCAAUGCGGAAGGAGUUUUUCACAGAAAGGCAACCUUGAUUCUCACAUGAGGACUCACGCUGGAGAGAAGCCGUUUAUAUUUGGUCAGUAGAGUUCUGCAUCGAGUACUGGUUCCAUUUCAGACAUGCAUGGCAAAUGGCAGUUGUCAUUUUACAGCUGUAUCUAUCUGCCAGGACCUUUGUAAGGUUAGGUUUGCCCCCAAAAUAUGACACUCAAGUGAUGAUUACCCUCAGGGCCGUGCAGAUACCUUUCAAGGGGAGAUCGAUCGCGAAGGGAAGAGCGGGGGGAAGAGUGCGAAGUUUACAUGUUCUUCCUGUGCUCGCAUGAGUCUCCCCCAGGUUUCCUCCCACAGUCCAAAGACAUACGCCAAUUGGUACUCUUUUUGCAGUGGAAACGCAAACCUGAUAAAAGUGACCCGUACCAAUCCGUACCCUACUGUACCACUUAGUGGAAAUGGGCCAUUAAGAAAAUGGCAGCCUACUUUAAGAAUCAAUGGCUGUGUUCAAAACUGCCUACUACUCAGUAGGUACAGUAUUUGAAUUUAAACGUACUACUCGUUCGUUAGAAAAGUACGUUCUAUGCAGUAUACAGUACAUCCGCUAUUUUGUCAUGGUCACGGGACCCACUUGCGUCAGUUGUGUCGCUUUACUCCCAUUCAUGAAUUUGCUCGUGGGGCAUCAUGGGAUAGUGCAGCGUGCAUGGGAUGCGCACUCCAGAAUCUCGCCGGAAGUAGUAAGUCAUCCGGGUUCUUCUCGCAUACUGAUUUUCGAAUUCUAUGAAUUCGGACAUACUACUCGGCUCGCAUACUGAUUUUAGCGUACUAUAUAGUAUGGAAGUAUGCGGUUUCGGGCGCAGCCAAUGUCUUUGUUGCACAACAGUGCAUAUGUUACAGUACAGUUUCUCUAUACAGUAUGCAAGUUUGUUUCAUUCUACUGUCUGUAUAUUUAAACGUGAAACUUAAUAAACAACUUUGCCUGC